CACGCUACAUAUUAUUGCGCAAGAUGUAAAAUAUAAAACUUCUUCUUCUCCCCGGAAAGCCGCGCUCUGUGGGCCACUCACGGGGAACUCAAUUUGGGCGACUUCAGGGCACGGAGGACUAAUACUUGCAAAGCCGCACAUAUGACGGACAAUACCUACCUCCUUUGAUAUUAUACUGAUCCGUGAAGUUGACGCAAAAGUUAAAAGUGCGCCGCAUACCGUUCGCAAGCUCGUGUGGGCUGGACGCUUAGGCACAUGGCGACGUUCAUGAUGCCUAGCGAUGAUGAUGGAGCCGAGGGCACAUCAGACGACUGGGUUGAUGCCUUCGGCACACCACCAACCCGAAGUGCAACAAAGCUCCAGCUCAGAAUGCGUGCUGCCGCCAAGACGGAUGCUCGGCGCAGCGGCAGCGGCAAGCCCUCCCGCAGCACCUCAGCCAAGUCCCUGGACCCGCUGCAGGCGCUCGGUCGCCAGGGCCGCACCCUCACAGCAUCCCGGCGGGAGUCCAAGGGGCGUAGGCAGAAGGCACGGCAGCAGGCGCGUUUCUUCAAGGAAAUCGACACAACCCUGGAAGCCCUGGGCAUCGGCACCGCCUCCGCCGCCACCGCCCCCGGCACCGCCAGCACCUCCGCCACCGGCAGCUGCGCGCUGCCCCCCAGCCCCGCUGGGAGCUCCGCCAGCCUCGCCCUCAGCUGUCUCACCGCCUCAGCCUCCGUGGGGGAGCAGCAGCUGGGGCUGGGGCUGGGCGGCCUGCCGCAUGCGCUGUCGGGGGGUGCGGGUUCAGGCGCGGGCGGGGGCGGGGGCUCCACCUCCGCUACCGCCAACACCACCCCUAGCGGCACGGCGGCGCCGAGCAGGGCGGGUACACCGCCGCUGGGAGCGGUGACGGGCUGGGCGGCGGCUGCAGCGGCGGGAGGUGGUGGAGGAGGAGGAGGGUUUGGGCGGCGGGUGACGAGUGAGGUGUCGUUGAGAGCGGUGGGCAGCCGCGGCUCCCUCACCGGCUACCCAGCUGAGCCCGCCUCAGCAGCCCUCCUCGCACACCACCACCACCACCACCCGCACCACCACCCGCACCACCACCCGCACCACCAUCACCACCACCACCCGCACCACCACCACCCGCACCACCACUCGCACCGUCCUCAAUACCCACUUAGGGUGCCCUCCACACCGGGAAUGCUUAUCAGUGGCGGAGGCGGAGCCGCUGCGGGGGCCUGGUACGACCGCCGCCGUACGAUCAGCACAUCCUCUGCGGCAGCGCCGUCGACGUCGCAUCAUCAUCGACGCGUGGCGAGCUUUGAGGAGGACGCCCCCGCAACGAUGCCGUACCAUCCCACCCCUACUCGCGCGGUUGGUGGUGCAGGCAUGGUGUGGCCGACAGGCGGGGCAGCUGCGUUGGAGCCGCCGCGGCAGCAGCUGCCGGGGGUGCUGGCAGACAGGGAGCUCUUCCGGCGGCAGCUGGGUCACGUGCUGGUGGGCGCGGGGCUGAGCGGCGAGGAGCUGGAGGCGGGGGUUACGGAGGCGGAG